ACGUGGGAAACACCCACUAAAACCUCGAAGUGCAUUUCAUUUAGGAGAGAGACAGGAAGAGAGAGAGGGCACGAGAGAUUCUGCCUGCACCCGCUGGCCCGUCUGCUAAUCUUGCUUACCCUCAGAAGGGAGGCGUUUUGAAACCUGCUUUCUUAAACGUGACCUUCCUUUCUGCUGAGGACCGCUGGACUUUGAAGAACUCUCCAGUCUUAAUUUCCACGUUGAUUAGUCCACAGUGGAAAGUCUGAAGAGAUGCGAGCAGGAGAAAGAAACUAAACCAGGCUUGAAAAGCGAUGCGACAGGCGUGAUGGAAGUCGAGUCCUCCUACUCGGACUUCAUCUCCUGUGACCGGACAGGCCGUCGGAACGCGGUCCCUGACAUCCAGGGAGACUCCGAGGCCGUGAGCGUGCGGAAGCUGGCUGGCGACAUGGGCGAGCUAGCCCUCGAGGGGGCAGAAGGACAGGCGGAGGUGGGCACCCCAGACAAGGAAGCUAGCAACCAGCCUGAGAGCAGCGAUGGGACCACCUCAUCUUGAAUGUGACCUUGCCCAAGGAGGCUGGAAGAGAGACACGCUGUGGACGGGGAGCCCUGGCACUGGCCCAGCAGCCUCUUCUGAGCAGUGUGUUCCAGGCAAGCCAGGCCAGACUGAAAGGCAGCCCCCAGGGGCUCCCAUGGCCCCUACCCUGGGAAAGCUCUCUGCCCACACCCCCAGGCUCCAUGCUCCUACCACCUCCUCACUGCGCCUGGGGACACUUUCAAGACACUGUCACCACAGGAUGUUAUUUAUUCAGUGGGCGCCAGGACUCAGGAGCUGGUCCUGCCCACCUGGGUGAGCAGCCUGGGCAGGGACCACAUCCCAGCUCUGCCCUCUCUCCUCCAACCCUGGCCUCUGGGUCAAGACCUUCUUACCCCUUUUUUAAAGAGCACUUUUAAACUUUUUAAAAAUGUUAAACCUUUUUCAGCAGAGAGGGAAGGAGCUGACAAUUCACUUCUUCCGUGUGGGGGAGGCUAUUGUAAACUAAACUCUUUGACCGUCUCUGCAGCUCUGAGUUCCCUCCUGGAGCUUCACAGAUCCAUUCCUACAGAAGGGGUUUGUGCUCAAAACUCUCUGAUCAACCCUUCACCCCUUCUACCAAGAUAAGUGACACCUACGGCCCAGGAAAUAAAUGCUGAUGAUUUAUG